CUUUAAAAUCACACACAACCCACAAUUCCUCUAAACUUUGAAUUUAGUUUGAUACUUUUCUCUAUUGGAAAUUUAGCGUUGUCAAGAUUAAUUGAUUAACAUUACUUCAGAUCAAAUAUAGAUACAAAUGCGAAAACGCACUAAGAUCGCAGCAUGGCAUUAUAUCCUUACAUUUGUAUAGGGCAAGUUUAAAACUUCACCAGUUGUUCUCGCGACGUCCAAUCACCAAAGUGGUGGAGAGGAACACGACGCUGCGUUGAUCUGGAUGGAAGAUGUAACCAAGGACUCGUUCAAGGUUUGUUUGCGUGAGCUGCAAAAUUUUGAUGGCAAGCAUCAAGAUAUCUAUGUGACCUGGAUGGCGUUUGCUAAGUUGCAUAAGCCGCUCUUCACUGAAUAUGGCUCCGUAAACUUCCCAAACACGAAUCCACCAACAGAUGGAGACAACAAUGCAUACUGCGAGUUUGUGCGUUUUACAAGAAGUUACAAUGCAACACCAUCCGUCCAAUUAUCAGCCAAUCACAGCACAACAGCAAGUGGAAACUUGGCACCAGUUCAUAAUGGUAUCUCUACAUGGAUUGAGAACCUGAAUGUAUCUGGAUUCAGAGUUUGUGCUAAGGAAUUGUACGAGACCAGAUAUGAUCCUUUGUCAGUGAGUUAUGCGGUCCUAACAGACAUCUGUGCCCCCGGAUGGAGCUACUUCAAUGGAUUCUGUUACUACACAAGUGAUACUUGUGCAAACUGGACAACAGCUGUAAAAGAAUGUAGACAAUAAAACUCAGUUCUUGCUGAUGUCAACAACAAU